ACUCCAGAGCGACAACAGCACUCACCAACGCACCACCACACCACACACCACUGUCGCUGGCACCCUGACACACACACACACACACACACAUGCACACAUACACACACUUGCACAUACACACACACUUGCACACAUACACACACUGAGCAGCAUCCUCAACACAGACUGAGACGCCCUUGGACUGCUGCAGGCGAGGAUGAAGGUGCGCUCACUGGAACAGUGCAGGGAGACGGGUGUGGUCCUGCUGGGCUUCCUAACGCUGGCAGUGUCCGUAGGGAACCUGUCCACCAGGGGGCUGCAGGAGGAUGGCGCUGCGUCCAACAGCCUGGAGGAGGAGCUGGAAGUGACCACGUACUGGUGGGGGGAGUGGGCCAAGUGGACCGCCUGCACACGUACCUGUGGAGGGGGAGUGAUGUCACAGGAGCGACACUGCCUCAAGCAGAGAAAGAAAGUUGCUGCUGGGAAGGACAACAUGACCUGCACAGGAACUCCAAAGAAAUAUCAUCUCUGCAACACUAAAGAAUGUCCCGCCACUGGGAGGAGCUUCAGAGAGGAGCAGUGCUGGUCCUUUAACUCUCAGCUUUACAGUGGGAGGAACUACCAGUGGAAACCUCUGUAUCCUGACGACUACGUUCACAUCUCUAGUAACCCCUGUGACCUCCACUGCACAACGACGGACGGCCAAAGACAGCUGAUGGUGACGGCACGAGACGGCACGUCCUGCAAGUUCAGCAGCUACCGCGGUGUCUGCGUGGACGGUAAGUGUGAGCCAAUCGGGUGUGAUGGAGUGCUGUUUUCAUCCAAUACGUUGGAUAAGUGUGGCGUCUGUCAGGGCGACGGCAGCAGCUGCAGCAGAGUCACCGGAAACUUCCGCCGCGGGGCCCUGAGUCUGGGUUACUCUUUCAUCACUCAAAUCCCUGAAGGAUCAUGGGACAUCCAGAUCAUUGAGAGGAAGAAGUCGGCCGAUGUUCUUGCUGUGACCGACCAGGCAGGAAACUUCUUCUUUAAUGGAGCCUACAAGGUGGACAGUCCUCAGAACUUCCACGCAGCAGGAACCAUCUUCAAAUACCGUCGGCCCAUGGACGUUUAUGAGACCGGGAUCGAGUACAUCGUCACCAAAGGCCCCAUCGACCAGGCCAUCAAUAUCCUGGUGUGGAACCAGAACGGUCGCACACCCUACAUCACUUACGAGUACACGGUCCUCAGAGACUCCCUGCCCCCUGUCCCACCUCCACCUGUCUACACUGGAUCAGACACCUCAGCCGGAGAGGUGUCUGUGGAAGUGGGGGGGCUGCUGGCCCCUAACGGCAGUAUUUACGACCAGACGGCCCCUGAGGGCCACAUUGAGCGAGGAGGUGUCGAGGUGCAGAAAGGCCAAGAGACAAACGAGGUGUACGAGGAGACAGUGGCCAUCGACUGUGAUCAGGACGGAGCAGCUGCCCCAAAAUUCACAGGUAGAGACAGUUUGUCAUGUUUCCUCCCAAGAGCUGAUGAACUCCCAGGAACUCUAAGACCUUUCUGC